UUAAAAAUUUACUGAAUUGAUAGCCAUAGUGCUCAGGUGAACGAUGUGGCCUACGGGCCUCUUGUGUUGUCGUUCACAUUUGUUUAUAAAUUUCUUAGAUGCCAAGAAAGGGAAAAGCUUCCCAAAGAUCCAGAGAUAAAGUUCAUCGCAGAUGGGUAGCAGAGACUCCCUCAAAGGACGGUAAGGAUUCUGUUUCAGGUGCAGAUCCUUUAAAUGCCUUGAAGUUGGUACCUCUUCAAGGAAGUCUGCCUAUCCCUGAGAGGGGUAACAUAGCUAUGUCUGACUCGCCAGCGUGCGUUUGUACACCAGAGAGUGUACCUUCACCAGUGUGUGAAGCAGGGCAGGCGCCACUAACUGACUCGCCGCGAUGCGUUUGUACACCAGCGAGUGUACCAUCACUGUCAGAAGUGGGUGAUGCAGUUAGUAGGACAAAUCAGAAAAGGUGCAAGAUUCAAAAUGAGGAAAAUAUACAAAACAAAAAUGAGAAAGAAAUACAUGAGAACAAUACAGAAAAAUUGAAGAACAAAACUGAGAAAGAAUUACAUGAGAACAAUAUAGAAGAACUGAAGAACAAAACUGAGAAUGAAAUUCAUGAGAACAAUGUAGAAAAACUGAAGAACAAAAAUCAGAUAGAUAUAUAUGAGAACCAUAUAGAAACAUUGAAGAACAAAAUGGAGGAUAUGUCUGAGAACAGAAUGGAACAGAAAUUUCAAAAUAACAGAAGCCAGGAAUCAUGCCAACAGGAAAGAAAUAUUCAAUUAGAGAAUGGGAAAGAAAAGAGAAAAAAGGUACAAUUUGGUAUGAGUAUUGGCACUGGAAUAUUUUCAUCUCUGCAAGGAAACUUUCAUCAAGGUUGUACAGAAUUAUUUGGAAUUACAAGUGGUAAACAAUGUGUGGCUAAUGCAUUAUCAAGCAUAAUUUUUUCAAGGGUAAAAAAUCAAAAUGCUUGGUUGUCAUCAGACAUUGACAAGAUUUUGACAACUGGAAAUGAACUUUAUGGUUAUCUGCAAGCAAGUUCAACUGUGCAGAAUGAAUAUUUAUUGAUAGAUGAAUUACCAAAUGAGAUAGAAGUUUAUGACAAAUGCUUUUCUGUGCAAACUUUUGAAUCGCAAGUUGGUUUAAUUGGUAAUGAUGAAAGAUUAAGAGAUGAUGUCGAAAUGUUUGGUAUGUCCAUUUUAGAGGCAUUGCAAAGGUCAUUUGAAAUGGCAGAAUGUUCAUUUGUUUGCUUUGGUGGAAACACUUUUUCUGUGAUGAAAGUUGGAAAACAAUACUUUCUUUUUGAUUCCCAUGCACGAGAUCAGAGUGGAUUACUUGAUGCUAAUGGAAAAAGUACAUUGAUUGGAGUAGAGACACUGGAAGGUGUGGCACAACAUUGUUUGCAGUUGGCAUUAUCUCUCUCUGUUAAUCAGAAUUCUCAAUUUGAAAUAACGCCAGUAAAUAUCAUUGAAUUAGGUACUGAUGACAUACAUAUAGUAGAGGAAAGUUCAUCUGAUAGAGCAGCAGAAAUUGAAAAAGGUGAUGUCCUUCUAGAUAGAUAUUUUGAUGAUCAAGAAUGUAGACUGAAAAAUAUGGUCAAAAGAAAGGAAAAGGAAGGAAAAAUCAAAUAUUCCAGAAAGGAGUACAUUAGAAAUUACAUGAAAAAUUGGAGGAAAAAUGAACAUGCUAGAAAUAUUGAGAAAGUAAGAGACAAAUUGGCAAAGCAAGAAAAAAGAUUAGACAAUACAAAAAGAACCAUUGAGAAAGAAAGGGACAAAACAGCAAGACAAGCCAAAAGGUUAGACAAAGAGUCAAGAAACAUUGAGAAAGGAAGAGAAAGAGCAACAAAACAGUUAAAACGAUUAGACAAAGAAAUGAGAUGCACUGAGAAAGAAAGGGACAAAAAUGCAAGACAAGCCAAACGGUUAGUCAAAGAGUCAAGAAACAUUGAGAGAGGAAGAGAAAGAGCAACAAAACGGUUAAAACGAUUAGACAAAGAAAUGAGAUGCACUGAGAAAGAAAGGGACAAAAAUGCAAGAAAAGCCAAACGGUUAGACAAAGAGUCAAUAAACAUUGAGAAAGAAAGGGACAAAAUAGCAAGACAGGCCAAACGGUUAGACAAAGAGUCAAGAAACAUUGAGAAAGAAAGGGACAAAACAGCAAGGCAAGCAAAACGGCUAGACAAAGAGUCAAGAAACACUGAGAAAGGGAGGGAAAGAGCAACAAAACAGGUUAAACGAUUAGACAAAGAAAUGAGAUGCAUUGAGAAAGAAAGGGACAAAAUCACAAAGAAAAGAAAGAGAAAUGACCCAAUAUUUAGACUUUCUGAGAAAGAAAGAGAGAGAAAUGCUAAGCAAAAACAAAGAGCAAAUAUAGACAUAAUGAAUAAUGAACAUGACAGAGAUGUCAGAAGAAAAAGGAAGUGUAGGGAAGAUUCUGCAUUUCUUGAAAUGGAACGCAUAAGAAAAUCUGUGAAGAGAAACAAUAUUGACUAUCGUGAGAAUGAACAGUCUAGAGAAAAGAGUGCUAAAGCCCAAAAAAGAAAAGAUCCUCAGUUUUGUAGGAAGGAAAAUAUUGCAAGAAAACGCAGAAAGAAUGGAACAUCACUUACAAAUGCAAUAUCAGCAUUUAACAAAAGAAUAGAAGAAGGACCAUUAUAUGUAUGUACAUGCUGUCACCAGACCUGGUUUUCUCAUUCAGUUGUUGAUAGCAACUUUCUUAGAAAAAAUUUACCUCCUGAAGAUGUAGAAAAUUUCUCACCAACUAUGUUUCAAUUGGAGGAAAAGAAUGGAUAUGUUUAA